ACGACACCCGUUAUCGACUUUUACGCGAGUCCCAAAACAUUUCGCACGCACGCACGCACGCACGCACGCACACACACACACACGCGCGCGUACGACACACGGGGCGCGCGCUUCAUCUCGCCGACACCGCCGCCGCCGCCGCCGCCGCCGCGGGAUCACAGCCGGGAGAGACGUCGUCAUCGUCACCGCCGCCGCUGCCGCCGGUCCGCUUCGAACAUCGCACGACGACGAGCGCGCGUCAUACAUUUCGUCGCAUAAUAUCGCAUAUCGCACGAGGUAUUUGAGGAUUUCGUCGACGCUGCAGCCGCUGUCUCCACAACCGUCGUUUGUCGUCAAAUGAAAAAGCUGUUUCCCGUGCACUGUGACCAUGGAUUUUACGUCUAGUUCUUUGGAAACAAACGGCACGUAUUUCGCAUGUGAAUCGAACCAAGUACCCGGCAGACGGACUCCUCUGAGCGCCGUUGGACUAGGAGGAUAUUAUUUUCCGCAACCGUCCUCCGUGGCUUCCGACGAAAACAGCCCAGGACCGGCUUGCCAACAAUUCAAUAAUGGUUCUGACAAUAGAAUACCUAACAAUGGUCAAGGCACUUCGACAAUGUCCGGUGCGGGAGGCAAGUCCAAGUCCAAGCAAGGCAAGUCUGUCCGGUUGAAUAUCAACGCUCGUGAGAGGAGAAGGAUGCAUGACUUGAACGACGCGUUGGACGAGCUCAGAAGCGUCAUACCAUAUGCUCACUCGCCGUCCGUACGAAAAUUGUCAAAAAUAGCUACGCUUUUAUUGGCUAAAAAUUAUAUUUUAAUGCAAGCAAAUGCUCUAGAAGAAUUAAGAAGACUGAUCACUUACAUACAGGCUCAAGGAACAAUGACAAUGCCCCCAGGUUUUGAUCUACAGGCUUCGAUGUAUCCCAUUAAACCUUCAUUGGCUUCGCCCAACGCUUCGCCAGAUUCUCCACAGUCUUAACAUGUUAUACCAACGACUAUUUUAUAACAAAAAAUAUAAAAAUAUAUGUAUAAUAUAAUGAAAAUAUGUAAAUGAUAUGAAUGAGUGAAUUACAAAUACUUCGAAGCAACAUCACGUCGCCGAGUUUUAUAAUGUGAUUUUCAUAAAUUAUUAUAAAUAUUAAAUAUAUUUAUAUAUAUAUACACAUACACACACACAUAUAUAUAAAUUACACACACACAAUAAUAAUAUUAUAUAUUAUAUUAUCAUAGUUGUUAUAAAUACAAAUCAAAUUUAUAUUUUUGACCUGUCUGUAUGUGAAGUAGGCGGACAUUUGAAAAAACAUAAUAUUUUAUACAUGAAUGCACAUCUUUGUAACAUAAUGUACUUACAAUAAGCAUAAUGAUUUUGUGUUCAAAUAUUCAGACUAAGUAUUACUAGCCUCUUUUCAUUGUAUAAUUAUAACAUAGAUUACCUUUAUAUUCCACACUAUAAACACGUUUAUAAUUUAAAAAUAAUAAUUGCUUAUGUUUUCUCGUAUACAUACAAUGGCAGGUACAACUAAAUUCGUGUAAAUAAUGAUUGAUGGCUUGUUAAGUUAAAAAUAUAUUUUAUUUUAAUUAGCACCUAAAUAGUUUGUACUUUAUAAUAUGUAUUAAUUUAGCUAUACGUACUGCCAUGCAUACGAUAAACUAUUAUUUAGUUUAUAGAUAGGAAAAUCUAGUCAUUUAAAACUUAAUAUUAUAAUAUAUUAACGCUAAAACUUAU